AUGCUACUGGCACACAUUUUGACGGAGUACAGCAAUCUAAGAUGUUAUGUCAUGUCUUUGAAAAAAUUACAAUGGCUAAUUAAAUUAUUCCUGAAAGUAAUACCACCGUGCUUUGCCAAGAUCUAUCACCAUACACAAAUAUUACGAAAACUCCGAUCAACAUUAGAUGAUUAUGGGCGAUUUCUUCAUUUGAUUCAAAGAUCUUAUUUACCAGUCUCCUACUUUGAUCGCUGUAAAGCUCGGCAAAGCUAUUCAUUGAUUAAAGAAUAUUCAACUAAUAUAGGACGAGUCAUUGAUGCAUUUGCUGGUUUUUCCCAUGCAACUCUGUGCCAAGAUAGAGUACAAAUGAAUUCUCGGCAUCGUCACCGCUCGGCAUGGAUCUAUCAAUAUCGGUUUUGUGGAUGUUUCAAGGAUGCAUACACACUACGCAAUCAUUCUACUAGACGAUGGGCCAAGUUUUGUACGAUUUAA